AUGUCAGUCCUGGUCUUGGAGAGGAGAUGGCAGCGUGGUCUAUGUCCAAGAAGAGAUUCAAUGAGAGGAGAAGACCACAUCAACAUUAAAUGUCGGUACACAAGAGAAGUAAUACGACAGCUAAGCUUGGUGUUCUCAAGGUUGAGACAAAAUCACUCAGCAGUUUGAUGGUGCGUCUCCCCUGUAAGGCAGGUGAGUCUUGUGCCAUUAAGGUGGGAGGAGUUUACUUCCGAACGCGGAAGUAACCCAGAGGAAAUGGAGUUUCGGUAAGUUCUGACAAUGGGAUACUCAUUUUUGAUCGUGAUCUUAUUCAACCCUCUAUAGUCUAUGCAGGGGCAUAGGUCUCCUUCUUUUUUGAUACAAAAAAGAAACCAGCCCCAGCCAGAGAGGAAGAUCUAGGUAUAAGACCCUUUGCUACUGAAUCUUCUAUAUACUCCUCCAUGAUGGCACUCUCCUGGGAAGACAGGGGAUAAACACUUCAUUUAGGUGGCAUAGUACCAGGAGAUCUAUAGCACAAUCAUAAGGCCUAUGAGGUGGUAAUCUGUCUGCCUCCUUCUUAUCAAACACUGCUUUCAGGUGUACAUGAGGGGAUGGUGUGUCUGUAGACAGCAGUGGGGCAGUCGGAACAUUAGUGAAACAAACAGGAGUGACCUUUUUUAUACACUUCUCCUGACACGUAUCACUCCAUGAGAUGAUUUCACCCUGUCUCCAAUUAACAGUGGGGUUGUGUAGCUGUAACCAAGGAUAACCCAGUACGAUUGAUGAAGAAGGGGAGGUUAUCACCUGAAAACACAAAUCUUCUGUAUGUAACAGACCAGAACGCAUAGUCAACUGUUCUGUCUAAUAUGUGAUUUACAGAGAAUAUAAAGGUCUACCAUCUAUGGCCUCAAUGGCCAAGGGUGUCUCCUUCUUUCUUAGGGGUGGUAAGUGGGUCCUGACCAAACCCCUGUCUAUAAAAUUAUCAGCUGCUCCAGAAUCUACGAGCGCUAAAACGUCUAUAGACUUCUCACCCCAAGUUAAGAUGAUGGGGAGAAGUAAUCUUUUAUGA